AGACGUGGGCUUUGGGCCGCGAUGGGAAGAGAACGGUGCGGUGCGUUUUAAAGCCGAAAGCGCGCGCAUGUUCUGAGUAAAGCCCUAAGCCCCAAAAUAAAAAAAGCGAAAAUGGAAAAGGCAACGGACAUGGAAAUGGAAAGAGAAGAAGUAGAAGAAGAAGAAACAGAGUCAGUGAGCGAUGUGUUGAGAGAUCGAUUUCGUCUCUCCACCAUCUCUAUUGCUGAAGCCGAAGCGAAAAGAAAUGGUAUGGAAAUAUCCGAACCCAUUGUCGCUUGCAUUUCCGAUUUGGCCUUCAAAUAUGCAGCAGAGCAGCUUGCAAAGGACCUUGAGCUAUUUGCACAGCAUGCCAGUCGCAAAAUUGUAAAGAUGGAAGAUGUCAUACUUUCUGCACACAGAAACGAACAUCUAGCUACCUCUUUGAGGUCCUUAUGCGAUGAUCUGAAAGCUAAAGAACCCCAAUCCGAGAGGAAGCGGAAGAAGACGCCAAGAAAGGAGAACAAAGCAACUACAAGUGUAGUGCAUAUUCUUGAUAACUAAAGCACUCUCCAAUAUUUGAUCCGUGCUUUUGCCUAGAUUUUGCAAACAGCUCCCUUUUGUAAGAAUGUCCAAAGCUUCUGCAUCAUUUAAAUUGUUGAUCAGUUUCUGAUUAAAUGCAUAUUAUACCUUAGCUUGAAGUUGAAAGGCAAUUAGUUUAAACUAAUAAUACUAUGAUCAUUCCGUGAAAGACUGCUGCUUGAUAUUUAACUCAUAUUAUCCAAUUAAGCAUUGCAGUUGGCACACAUGGUGUGGUUGGUGAAAGUUGCACUGGACCUACGCCAAUAUAAAAACUGAUGGGAAAUGUAAUAGGCUUUUCGGUAACUGGUACAUUAAAUGAGUGACUACGUUUUUUUGUUCAGGUUCUGUAGUUGAUAGAAGAC